AUGAAGGUGGAUGUGGCGCACAGUACUCAUAAUUUCAGGCACAAGGUGUCGCUCUUUACUCAGAGGAAGGAGUUCAUUCAUAGGUUGGUCCGAAUUGUGGGGCACACCUCAGAAAAGAAGACUCCGUCAUGCCGGAUGCUACUGUUAAAGGAUCCUUUGAAACUUCUCAAAAUUCAGCGAGAUUUUAAUUUGAGCGGAAGUAUCUGGUCUUCCUGGCAGGCGGGGAGCGGUCAGCUGCGCUACUCUGUCCCCGAAGAGGCCAAGCACGGCACCUUCGUGGGCCGCAUCGCGCAGGACCUGGGGCUGGAGCUGGCAGAGCUGGUGCCGCGCCUGUUCCGGGAGCUGUGCGGGCGGAGCGCGGAGUGCAGCAUCCACCUGGAGGUGAUCGUGGACCGGCCGCUGCGGGUUUUCCACGUGGAGGUGGAGGUGAAUGAUAUUAACGACAACCCGCCGGUGUUCUCGCUCAAAGAACAAAGGCUGCUGAUAGCUGAAUCUAAGCAACUGGACUCGCAUUUUCCGCUAGAGGGAGCUUCUGAUGCGGAUAUAGAAGCGAAUGCGGUAUUGACCUACAGACUAAGCCAAAACGAGUAUUUUUCUCUAGAAUCACCAGUAAGUAGUAGGCCGACUAAAAGAUUGUCACUUAUAUUAAAGAAGCCUCUAGACAGGGAAAAAACUCCAGAAUUUAAAAUGCUAUUGACGGCCACAGAUGGGGGGAAACCGGAACUUACUGGCACAGUUCAACUCUUUGUUCAAGUCUUAGAUGUUAACGACAAUGAUCCGGAGUUUGAUCAAUUAGAAUACCAAGUAAAACUGGUGGAAAACGCUGUUAAAGAAACUCUUGUGAUAAAGUUAAAUGCCACAGAUCGAGAUGAAGGCAUAAAUGGGGAGGUAACAUACUCUUUGAAGUCAGUUAAGCCUGGAGGGAGACAUUUCUUUACACUGGAUGAAAGUAAUGGAGAGGUGAGGGUCAAUGGAACUUUAGAUUAUGAAGAAAAUAACUUUUAUGAAAUCGAAGUGCAGGCCACAGAUAAGGGGAACCCCCCAAUGGCAGGUCACUGUACAGUCUGGGUAGAAAUCUUGGACAUCAACGAUAACUCACCGGAAGUGACUGUAACUUCCUUGUCCCUCCCAGUACGUGAGGACACUCAGCCAGGCACUGUCAUUGCAGUGAUUAGUGUAUCCGACCUCGACUCCGGUGUCAAUGGCCAAGUCACCUGCUCUUUGACGUCCACCGUUCCUUUCAAGAUCGUGUCCACCUUCAAAAACUAUUACUCAUUGGUGCUGGACAGCCAUCUGGACAGAGAGAGCAUUUCAAACUAUGAUUUGGUAGUGACUGCUAGAGAUGGUGGUUUGCCCUCGCUGUGGGCCUCGGCCACCGUGUCCGUGGAGGUGGCCGACGUGAACGACAACGCGCCGGCGUUCGCGCAGCCCGAGUACACGGUGUUCGUGAAGGAGAACAACCCUCCCGAGUACACGGUGUUCGUGAAGGAGAACAACCCGCCGGGCUCCCACAUCUUCACGGUGUGCGCGCGCGACGCGGACGCGCAGGAGAACGCGCUGGUGUCCUACUCGCUGGUGGAGCGGCGCGUGGGCGAGCGCGCGCUGUCGAGCUACGUGUCGGUGCACGCGGAGAGCGGCAAGGUGUUCGCGCUGCAGCCCCUGGACCGCGAGGAGCUGGAGCUGCUGCAGUUCCAGGUGAGCGCGCGGGACUCUGGUGUGCCUGCCCUGGGGAGCAACGUGACUCUGCAGGUGUUUGUGCUGGAUGAGAAUGACAAUGCGCCCGCGCUGCUGGCGCCUUGGACCCCAGGAACAAUGGCUUCAGUAAGUGAACUAGUGUCGCGAUCAGUGGGCGCAGGUCACGUGGUGACGAAGGUGCGUGCCGUGGACGCGGACUGUGGCUACAACGCCUGGCUCUCUUAUGAGCUGCAGGCGUCCGCGGGUGUCGCGCGCAGCCCGUUCCACGUGGGUCUGUACACUGGAGAAAUCAGCACUACACGUGCCCUGGAUGAGUCUGAUGAGCCGCGCCAGCGCCUGUUGGUGCUGGUGAAGGAUCAUGGAGAACCUGCGCGGACGGCCACCGCCACCUUUCUGGUUUUGCUGGUCGAGAGUGGUCAGACUCCAAAAUCCUCCUUGCGAUCGCCGGCAGAGGGCACAAGCCUGGAAGUGACACUAGUGGACAUCAAUGUGUACCUGAUCAUCGCCAUCUGCGCGGUGUCCAGCCUGUUUGUGCUCACACUGCUACUGUAUAUGGCUCUGCGCUGUUCAGCCAUACAUACUGAGGACACGUGUGGGCCCGGGAAGCCCAGGCUGGUGUGCUCCAGUGCGGUGGGGACCUGGUCGUACUCGAAGCAGAGGCCGCAGAGGGUGUGCUCUGGGGAGGGCCCGCCCAAGAUGGACCUAAUGGCCUUCAGCCCCAGUCUUCCUCCUGACCUGGAUAAAGAUGAAAGGGAAAAGCAGGAUCCAGGAUCAAAUCACCCUGGGCAGGCUUAUGCUAAUGUCUUUCUGCAGCACAAAAGCCAUCCAAACAGUAUGAAUGUGAAGCCAUCCAGGGUAGUAGGGAGCAGCCAGUUCUGCUACUCGGUUCCCGAGGAGGCCAAACAAGGCACCUUCGUGGGCUUCUCGCAGGACCUGGGGCUGGAGCUGGCUGAGCUGGUCCCACACCAGUUUCAGGUAGCGUCCAAACACCACUGGAACCUUUUGAGACUAAACCAGCAUUUUACAUUUAAAAAACAACAAAAGGAUAAACACACAUUGUCUGCAUUAGCUCUUCUCAAGUCACUGGAUAGGCUGGAAUCACCUGGACUUCAUGUAUUGCUGAUGGUCACCAAUGACGGCAAAAUGGGACUAACAGUUUCUGCUCAAAGGCAAAUAGCCAUCCACACCAGAAUUCAUAAACCUGUUUAUAAAGUCGUAUUGUUUGCAAAUGUCCCAAACAGCACGACUAUAGUUGAACUAAGUGCUUCCAAGUUAGAUGAAGGCCUAAAUAGAGAAUUUUCCUCUGCAAUGAGAAUAAUUUUGCCUGUGAGUGAGACAUGUAUGUUUUUAAUAAAUCUAGACACAAGUGAAAUGAAAAUUUAUGCAGAGCUGGAUUUUGAAGAGAAUAAUACUUAUGGAAUUCAAGUUAACACUACUGAUAAGGGGAAUCCUUCCAUGGUCAGUCAGUGUAUAGUCCAGAUGGAAAUUCUGGAUAUGAACGAUAAUGUCCUUGAAGCAAUGGCCACUUUGUUGUAA